AAAUGAUCCUUUUGGUCCCGGUCAAUUUCAUUGGUCUGCUCUUUAAAAAAACUUGGCUCCUUUGUCGCCCAGUUCGUUUCGACUGCUUCUGCUGAGACCCUUCAGAGAUCUGAUCCCCGCAUUGGCGUUUUCCUCUCUCUUUUUACGAAAGAUGUUUGAUGAUCAAGACUUGGGCUUUGUCGCCAAUUUCCUUGGCAUUUUUAUAUUUGUGCUGGUGAUUGCUUACCAUUAUGUAAUGGCCGACCCCAAAUAUGAAGGUAGCUAAAAAAGUGAUAGCUACGAAUAUAUGUAUUAUUUAGUCUACCUUGUUCUACCGAAACUAGCAUGAUACCUACAAUUUGUGGAUUUUGUUAACUUAUAUUUUCAUGGGAAGUUUUCUUAUUGACAAUCUUUUUUCCUCCUAUAAUUGAGGCUAUAA